GCUGAUCCUGUCCAACAUCUACCUGCUGGCCAGUGGGGAGUGGGAGUGCGUCAUCGCCACGGCCCGGGGCAACGCCUCGCUCAAGGUGGACAUCGUGGUCAUCGACACGUCCGCUACCUACUGCCCUGCCCAGCGGGUGGCCAACAACAGAGGGGAGUUCAGGUGGCCACGGACGUUGGCGGGGAUUACAGUCCACCGGCCGUGUCAACAGUACCCUCACCCCUCCUCGCCCGCCCGGGACCAGCUGACCGCCCGCAAGUGUAACCGCUCCGGGAUGUGGGAGGAGGCGGAUUAUUCCCACUGCCUCUACAUCAAUGACCACACUCGGGUGCUCUCCUCAUUCAUCCUGAUGCCGGUCAACAGUAGCACAGUCCUCCCGCUCGCUCACAGGCUACUCGCCUACACGAUCGAGGCCACCAGCUUCCUGGACAUGAUGGAUGUGAUAUACGUCUCCCAGAUGGUUGAGAAGUUCAUCGGAUGGACGGGCGAGAUCCACGAGCUUGGGGAGCUGAUAGUGGGGAUGGCGAGUAACCUGAUGCGUGUGGAUGCGGGGGUUCUGCGUCUGGCCCAGCAGGAGAGUGGUGCGUGUACGCGGGUGGUCCGGGCCGUGGAGCGUAUCGCCAGCCUCAUCCUCACCGCCAACUCCCAAACCAUCAGCAAGGUUUCGGGCAACAUUGCGGUGGAGGCGUUCCUGGUGAAGCCGGCCAGCUUCCUGGGCCUGGGCUGCACUGCCUUCCACCGCCUCCCUCCGCCCGGGAACGCCGGGAACACCGCGCCCCCUCCCACUCUCCCCCUCCCCCUCCCCCUCCGCUUCCGCUGCAGUGCCGGCAACCGCAACACUUCCCUCACCGGCUUCCCCAUCAAGAACAGUGAGGCGCUGGCCGCGGUGCAGCUUCCCCCGGCGCUGUUUGCCGGCGUGACCGACGUUCCCCGCACCAACGCCACCUGCUGGCUGCAGUUCGUGGCGUUCCGCAACGGCAAUCUCUUCCCCAGCACCGGCAACACGAGUGGUCUCGCCGACCGCGGGCAGGACAGGACCCCCGCCACACCCGUCAUCUUCACCUCCGCAGGUGGGUGUGGAGUGGAGGAGCUGGCCGAACCGAUCCAGGUGUCCCUACGUCACUGGAAGCCAGGUGAUGACCAGGUGGCUGCCAGCUGGGACUUUGACCUGCUGGACGGCUUGGGUGGUUGGCAGGAAUCAGGGUGCCAAAUAUCCCAGACUCAGGGUAACAUCAGCACCCUGAGGUGCCACCAGUUCAGCAACGUGGUCCUUCUGAAGAGAAUAAGUAACCAGUCUGCCCUGGUUGAUGAAAGUGUCCGGAGUCUCCACCCCAUCAUCUACACCUGCACUGCCUUCCUCUUACUGUGUAUCUUCACCGCCAUCAUUGCUUACAUCCUGAGGCAUAACACAAUCGGCAUUUCCAAGAAGAGCUGGCACAUGUUGCUGAACCUGUGGUUCCACAUCUCCAUGAGCUGUGCCGUCUUCACCGGCGGCAUCAACCGCAAGGACUACGGGCUGCUCUGCCAAGUGGUUGGCAUCGUGCUCCAUUAUUCAUCCCUUUCAACCUUGCUGUGGAUUGGAGUUUCCGCCAGGGUCAUUUACAAAGAAGCCACACAGAAAUUACAGCGGCAACAGGAGUUGGAGCUACCUGCUCCCGCACAACGCCCGAUGCUCAGGUUUUAUCUCAUUGCUGGAGGCAUUCCUCUGAUUAUCUGCGGGAUCACCGCAGCAGUCAACCUUCACAAUUACAGCAAUGUCAGCCCGUACUGCUGGCUGGCCUGGAAGCCGAGCCUGGGAGCUUUCUACGUUCCAGCGGGCUUCACCAUACUGGUCAGCUGGAUCUACCUACUGGGUGCCGGCCUGCAGCUGGGCUGCCGACGGAGGGGCAAGGCCGAUGCCGGGGGAUUGCCGGAGCAGCCGGCGGUGAGCAGCGACCAGGGCCCGGACUCGGCCUCGGUCAGCGGGCCGUCUCCGGCCACCGACCUGGUGUAUUCGCUGGAAGCGCGGCUGUGGGCACUGGCCGGCACUCAGCUGCUCUUCAUCGGCCUGUGGAUGUGCGGGGCGCUGUCGGUGUGGGGGAUGCCGCCGUUAGCCGUGCUCUUCAGCUGCCUGUACGGGGUGGGGGCCGUGGCUCUGGGCCUCUUGGUGCUCAUCCACCAUUGCCUCCGGCGGCACGACGUGUGUGGGCCGUGGCGGGGCUGGGCCCGGCGGCAGGGGGCUGAGGCUGGCGGCUCCCCGACCUCCUCUCCGGCCGGCCCGGGCCCCGAGGCGGGCGGCAGCCCCUUCUCAGCGGGCGGCCAGUGCAAGAUGACCAACCUGCAGGCCGCACUGAGCCAGGGAGACCGUGGCGGCGGUGGCGGCGGCGCAAGGAGCCCGACUCCGUGCGUGGACAACGAGGCGGAGGCCGAGGAGAAGGCGCCGGCCUGCCGUGGCCACAGGGCCCGGACUAAGCCGCCGGUGGACGGCAAACAGCAGCGGCUGAGGGCGCUCAGGGCCGCUGCCACCGCCACCUCGGACGCGGCCUCGAGCGACACCGGCAGUGGGCGCCUGAGCAACGGCAGGCCGGGCCGGCACGCCAGCCACAGCCCGUCGGAGGGCAGCGACAGCAGCGGACAGGCCCCGGGCUCAGGCUCGGGCUCGGGCCCUAGGCCGGGCCUACAGGCCAGCGUUAGCCGCGACAGCCUGAAGCAGGCCGGACCCCUGGAGAAGGAGGUGAAGCGGAGGUCCUACCCGCAGAACGGCGCACAGAGGGCCGGCGAGACCGGAGCCACCAUCAGCGCUGGCCUGUGGAAGAGCGAGACCACGGUGUGAAGUUGCUGCCGCGGGGAGCGGUGUCCAGGCCCACAACAAAGCUCCCCUUCCAGAGGAAAACUCCCAAUGCAGUCAGUCGCCAUCUUCACCACAGGCCUCCAAAACCCAGGGGCCUCAGGCAACGUUGGUUCCUCAACUCCAUCUCUUCAAUCACUUUAUAUCUUUCAAAAAAAAUAUUUUUAUACGAACUUAACACGCUCUCAAAGGAAGAGAACAAUGUUUGUGGAUCAAUGUCUGAUCAAACCCAGGGCAGGUGGGAGCCCAACCAAAUAUGGAUCUCAGCGAUGGCUGGGAUGUUGGAUGGUAUCUUCUGCACUUCUCUUCUCAGAGACUGCGGGAUGGACCAGGUCUACUGUGCUUCCCAUGGUGGAGGCUACCAGUGUCAGGGGGACCUCAUCAUCAAAAUCCAGAGGUUUAGGACGUGAGGGACAUGUUAUCGAGGAAUUUGAAAGGCCAACGGUGGUUGAUGUUUAGAACGGGCUGCCCGAGGAAGGGAUGGAUCCAGAUACAAUCGCGAUGUUUAGACAAGCACUUAAACAAGUAAUUGAUAGAAAGAUGCAGACCUAAUGCAGACAAACUGAAGCUGUACAGAUGGGCCAGCAUGACUGGUGAUGGGCUGAAGGGCCCAUUUCCAACCUGUACGACAGUGACUAUCCACAGAAGAGUAGACGGUGAGCUUGAACCUUUCUUGUCAUGCUUGAUAUUGCUUACUGCCAAGCCAAUCAUUUUCUGUCAUCGAAUUCCUUUUCACCGCCUGUUGUUUCGUUAACACAUAUACAAUGGACAUCCAUUCACAAUUGGAAUGUUCUCUACUGCUCAACAGGACUCCCGACCCACAUUGAUUUCCCUAAUGUCCUGAUACUUUUACAGUCUCUGAGAUCAGGCCACGUGAGUUCAGACAAGGACCGAUUGGAUUGGUUUGGCGAAAAUCUACAGAGAAGGGUCUUUUCAGGAGCGAUUUUGGGAGAUUCCAAUUUGUUGGCCAAGGCAAUGGGACUCCAGGUGAACAUGGAUGAAUUAAUACACUUCCAAAGAUUUCUCCUUCCCUGGAAGGAAAUAGAGAUGGGAGGGGUGGAGGGAGCUUGUUUGGGACCCCACCUCUGCGCUGACAGACUCUUAUCCUGUCAGGAUAAGUUUCAAGUAGCCCUUCCUUUCCCUCUCUCCAUCCCCUCCCCCUUCCCAGUUCUCCCACCAGUCUUACUGUCUCCGACUACAUUCUGUCUCUAUCCCGCCCACUCCCUUGACAUCAGUCUGAAGAAGGGUCUCGACCCGAGGCAUCACCCAUUCCUUCUGUCCAGAGAUGCUGGCCGUCCCGCUGAGUUACUCCAGCAUUUUGUGUCUAAGCUCGGCAUGUUGGCUGUCGGACAAGUCAUGACCAUUCGAAGCACUUGGGUCUGAGGAGUGUUGGCAUAUGUCGACCCCACACCUCUGCGAUUGCUUGCGGCAGGUUCAGUUCCCAGCCGGGGGUUUGGAGCAUUCCAGCUGAACUUCCCCACAGAGAAGGGUCGGGAGGACCUUGUUUAGUAGUUUAGAGUCCGCACCAACCAGCGAUCCCCGCGCACUAACACUAUCCUACUCACCAGGGACAAUUCACAAUUUUUGCCCAAGCCAAUAAACCUACAAACCAGCACGUCUUAGGCGUGUGGGGGAAACUGGAGCUCCUGGGGAAACUAACGCAGGACCCACGAGAAUGUACAAACUCCAUACAGACAGCACCCGUAGUCAGGAUCGAACCUGGGUCUCUGGCGCUGUGAGGCAGCAACUCUACCGCUGCACCACAUGUGUUCACCACAAACAGACUCCCGUGAAACACAAAGAGAAUGAGGCAGGAAACAACAUUUAAAUAAACUAUUUUAUCCAUUGGCUUCAGGCACAUAAUCUUCAACUGCACCUUGCCCUCACUUGUUGCUAUCAGUGAUUGGAACUCAACGUGAUCAAUGUCCCUGUCCGCAACAAGUGCCAUUUGGCAUGGGCUUCAUGCCAAACCAAGUCUUGGUUUGGGGGCCUCCAAAAUUGAAAUUGGCCUGGGCCCCAGUUCAUCGAUGAGAGGGCCUGCCUGUCCAUGUCAUGGUCACACUGCUUUGUCCAACACUUUGUAACAGGGAGCCAACUCUAGGCUGUUGAUUCCUAUCUCCAGAAGUCAGGACUGAAGUGCGUUCAACUCACUGACGACUGGUGCUGAGGUCGCAGAGAACAUAGACGGCACAAUCCCAGCUAAUGACAGUGGCCUAUGUUGGCCUGGAGAUCGUUAACCCCCUUUACUGAUACAACUUCAACCUCUCUCAUGUUGAGGGCAUUGGGGACAAGCUGCAGAAUGGACAAGUUGAACUUUCUAAACCACUGAGCAAUUGUGCUUCCCCCUUCCCCUUCUCAGUAAGAAGUAGGAUAACAUUAAAGACUUUGCUACCAUCCUCAUCCCAUGGUCCAGCAGCUUAGCACUUGACUGGUAUACAAACCUGUCUAUUUUUUUACCUUACCAAUUCUAAGUUAACUUCCAAACUAAUGCUUCAUUGGUCAACAAUCUCGACCCUGCAGACCAGCAUCGAAUCAUUCACCCAGUUACUGACUAGAUGUCUGGAGACCAACAGCCAUUCAUUGUCCACCAUCCAAUCAUUGACUUAGUGAUCCAUUCAUUGAUCUAGCGAUCCAGUCAUUGACCUCAUGAUCCAAUCAUUGAUCUAGCGAUCCACUUGUUGAUCAAGCGAUCCAUUGAACCAGAGGCUCCUCUUGAGACCCGAUCAGUGGCCAGCACCCCUCUAUUGAUCAGCACACUAAAUCAGUAAUGCAACCUUGUUCAGGAAUACACAAAUUGACAAGUUACAGGAGAAGAAUUAGGCCAUUCGGCCCAUCAAGUCCACUCUGCCAUUCAAUCAUGGCUGAUCUCUGCCUCCUAAUCCCAUUUUCCUGCCUUCUCCCCAUAACCCCUGACGCCCGUUCUAAUCAAGAGAUUUCGUCUAUCUCUGCCUUAAAAAUAUCCACUGACUUGGCCUCCAAAGCCCCUGUGGCAACGAGUUCCACAGAUUAAUUCCACAAUGGGAUUCUGAUGUUCUCUGUUAUUCUAAUGGUUAUUUUUAUAUCUAGGGUUAUCCAUUAUCCCGGAAAAAAGAGGGGAAUGCCUCUGUGUGUUUUUAUUGUGUGUGUGUGUGUGUGUGUGUGUAUAUAUGUGUGCGUUUGAUGCUGUGUUAGCAACAUACAAAGCGCUUUGUGAUGAGGAGAGAACUGCUGCUGCACUUCACCAAUGAAUGAGCUGCCCGCUGCACUAAUCCAGAGCUUUCAUGUCCACUGUCAAUUAGUGUGUACCCUUUGGAAGCUUUGCACAUACAGCAGGUCCUCUUCAUCUGUUGCCAAUUUGCCUUACAAAGAAAGAUUAUUAUUCUUCUACAAGUGCCAAAGAGAUAUAUAAAUCUUACCGAAACAUAGAUUAAAUGUAGAAUGUGUGUGUGGAGUUAAAGUGAUUAUAAGAUAUUUUUGCAGUUCAUUGCCAUGUACAAGACUGUCCACAAAGUUUAAUGCCGUGCCAAAAGCUGCCCGUAGUUUUGGGUCAACUGGAACCAAAGAUUAUGGCUUCAAAGCAUCGCGUCCGG